AUGGAAUUCCCCAACUAUUACGAAAUCCUCGAAGUUGCUGAAAAUGCCACCGAAGAGGAGAUCCGCGAGGCUUACAAAAAGAAAGCACUAGAAACACACCCAGACAGAUAUGCUCCAGGUGCUCAUGACUCCGCAAUAAACCCCUCACUUACACAAGAGGAAGCGAAGAUCCAUUUUCAAAAGGUGGCAGACGCAUAUUAUGUGCUCAGUGAUUCAACGCGAAGGUCUCAGUAUGACGCCGUAAGAGCUAAAAAACAGCAAGCUGCAUCGUGGACAUUACGUCAAACAGAUCCAAAUCAAUUAUUUGGUAAUGUGUUUGAAGAGAUGUUAAGACCUGAAGUUGAAAAUCCACACUGGUUUUAUGCUCCAGUGGGUGCGAUUGCAGGAGGGGCAUUGGGAUUCAUUUUUGGUAACGUUCCUGGUCUAAUGUUGGGAGCUUACGCUGGAAAUAAGCUGGGAGCCGUCAGAGACGCCAAAGGAGUAUCCGUUUACGAAGCAUAUUCAAGACUCUCUGGUAAUCAUAAAGCUGCAAUAUUAGCAGCAAUUGCGGCUAAAAUG